AUGCCACUCUUUCGCUCUGCCUCCCGCAUCUUGUACCGCGCGCUCCAAGCCCGCACCUUUGCGACGGCUCAAACCCCAGCAAUCAACGUCACAAGCGUACCGGCGCCACACUGCGGGAGCAUAAGAAUUCUGUCAUUGAACCGGCCAGCCGCGCGCAAUGCGAUAUCCAAGCAAUUGCUCGCCGAGCUGAGCCACCAAGUCAACAGCAUCCAUGACGAAGGCGACAACGGGCCAACCAGGGCGUUGAUCCUGGCCAGUGAAGUAGACUCUAGCUUCUGCGCAGGCGCAGACUUGAAAGAGAGGGCUACAUUUACACAAGAGGACACAGCAAACUUCUUGGCAUCAUUGCGGGGGACAUUUAGAUCGAUUUCGCAAUUGCCCAUACCUACCAUUUCCGCAGUGGCAGCGCCAGCGUUUGGCGGCGGCCUUGAAUUGGCUCUCACGACACAUAUGCGCGUCUUCGCUUCCACCACCACAGUCGCCCUGCCGGAAACUCGUCUUGCCAUCCUGCCUGGCGCCGGAGGAACCUACCGCCUCCCGGCCCUAAUUGGACUUUCGCGCGCCCGAGACAUGAUCUUGACAGGGCGCAGGGUCGCGGCGCCAGAAGCUUAUUUCCUCGGCCUCUGCGACCGGUUGAUAGAAAUCACGCCAGAAGACAUACAAGAAGAAGGGAGUGCACGCAAGAAGGUCCUGGAAGAGGCCAUCAACUUGGCGAGGAACAUUUGCGAGGGUGGUCCCAUUGCCAUCAAGGCUGCGCUGGCGGCAGUCGAGGGUUGCGCGCUAGGCGAGAAAGCCGAGAACGCUGCAUACGAUCUUGUAGUCAGGACAAAGGACCGGGACGAGGCCCUUCUUGCCUUUAGAGAGAAGCGGAAACCCGUCUUCAAGGGCGAGUAGAGAACAAGGGUGUCAAUGUAUAAAUGCGCAUUCUUAUCUU